AUGACCUCUAGAGGUUCCUUCCAGGCCUAUGAUUCCAGAGCCUGGUCCCCUCUGACCUCAGCACGCUACUUCCUUUUCUUGCAUACUGGGGAUUAUGGAGCUCUCUACUGGCUGGAUGGUGAACUGGAUAACCACACCCUGCCCUGCACUCUCCACCUCAGCCAGGGUGGAGGUAAAGUAGGAACCCAGUUAUCAGCUAGCAGGUUCGUCACGAAUAUUAAAGAGAAACAAAAUGUCACCUUCAGAAGCCUUCUUAAUGAAUGCGCCUUGCUGGUGGCUAUGCUGGAGUUAAAUCAUGAACUUUCUAAACUUUUCAAUGAGCUAUGGGAUGCAGAUGUUAACCGCUUUGUGCCUGGGAAAGAUUAUACAAUUGACUUACAGGAAAAAGCAGGCUUUGUACAGCAGGGUAGCGGGGUUGCAAGGGACAGUGCAUCUGAGCCUCUGUUUCGCUACGUAAAUGAAGAGCGUCUGAAGAGCAUAAAAACUUUUGCAGCUUUUGUUUCCCUAUUGGACAACUAUGAAACGUCAACUGGUGUAGCAGAAGUUGUGACCCCACAAGAAAUGGCUGAAAACAAUCGUUUUCUUGAUGCUAUCUUAGAAACAGAAGUAAUGAAACUUACUCAUCAAUAUUUAGUUAGAAAAAAUUGGUCAAAACCCAGUCUGAACGAUUUCAAGUCUCAGCUCUAUGGCAUCUGGUUUCAGCUAUACACCAGGGAAACAGGAAAGGGGCCUGAUUCCUGUGGAUUCGAACACGUGUUUGUCGGAGAAACAAAACAUGGAAAAGAGAUUCUGGGUUUGCAUAACUGGGUACAAUUUUACCUUCAGGAAAAGCAUAAACAAAUUGACUACAAAGGCUAUAUUGCCAGGAGGAAAAAUAGCAGGCCUGAUGAAGAUGAUCAAGUUCUGAGCCUACAGUUCAGCUGGAAAGGUCUAGUAAAACCUGUGGGAAGCACCUUUAUUGGUGUCAGCCCUGAGUUUGAAUUUGCCCUCUAUACAAUCAUUUUUCUACAGUCUCAGGAAAAGGUCACUCGUGAGAUGGUGCAGAUAGAGGAGUAUGAACUACAGAUAGUUGUGUAUCGCCAUGGUAAAUACAUUGGAACAGCGUAUCCUGUCCUCCUUAGCAGCAACAAUGAAGAUUUGUAUUGA